CCGCGCCAGCGAGUCUUAUCGAUCUGGGACGUGGGAGAGUGAUAUUUUUUUUAUAGAAUGAAUUGUUCGUUUUCCCUUACAAAAUGUAGAAGUUAACGUCGUUGUUGUACAUUUUCUGUGAAUAAUACAGUCAUGAACAGCACUGUAGCAGUCACUAACGUUUGUUCCCUCACAGUAAUGUGGGCGGCAGUGCUGCAGCAAGCCAGUGCUAAAGACCGUAGCUGUGGAGUGGAUUAUCUGAAUGACAUCCCGAUGGUUACCAGCAAUAAUGUUGCAUAUGUAAUUUCUCCUAUAGGCUGAUAUCCGAUUCAAAAUAAAUCGUCAAAAGAAAAAAGUUGUCCACGUUAACGCACUUUUGGAUAGCAACUUGAUUUAACACCGGUGCUAUGGUCGUUUAGACCAGCAUGUCUUUAUGCAUCCUAGCAGCGGCAUUUACGUUAGCUAAUUUGCGUGUCACUUUAACGUGGGCGUGGUUUGGCACUUACAACUCCGGCAAGAAUGUUCACCUCGUAACAAAUGUGUUAGACAUUGUACAAACAUUGUCAAAGCUGAAGAUAUGCAAGAAACGUAUACGGACCACGCUGGUAUUGGUGCUGUAGAAUUGGCCAACACUGUUUACCGCCUGAAAUGAAUGGGUUGGUCCUAAAAAAUGGUUGUCUUGCCUCGUAACGAUCUAGUAACUGAUUUGUGGUGGCGUGGGCGCCUGAUAGCUCAGUCAAGUAAAUGUGGUCAUCCUUGUCCUGCUGGCAUUAGCCUUCCUGAUCAUUGUGCAACGGAAUCUCCUGAAUCUCAAUGAUUUCCUUAGAAGAGAAAACCAAGAUGCAGUCCCAGGUAUGAUUCUACCCUUUGAGUCUGAACUCUCAUCUAAAAUCAGACCAGACCCCGUGAGGAGUGGGGAGGAGAUCCCUGUGCUCAUCACAGCUGCAGAAGAGAGACUGGGAGCUGUAAUCGCUGCCAUUAACAGUGUUUACCAGAACAGUAAAGCCAACAUUGUGUUUCACAUUGUGACUAUGAACGACACAGUGGAUCACCUCAAGGUGUGGAUGAGUGAGCCUCAGCUUAACAGUGUUAAGCACAAUAUCAUCAUAUUUGAUCCCCAUCUACUCAGUGGGAAGAUUACUAAAGAUCCACAGAAGCUUGAGUCUGUGAAACCGUUGACCUUUGCCAGAUUUUAUAUGCCGAUAUUCAUACCAGAUGCAGAGAAGGCAAUUUAUUUGGAUGAUGAUAUCAUUGUGCAAGGGGACAUCCAGGACCUUUUUGAAACAAGCCUAAAGUCAGGUCAUGCAGCAGCCUUUUCAGAUGACUGUGAUUCUGCAUCUUCUAAGGGCAUUGUUCGAGGGGCUGGGAACCAGAACAACUACCUUGGUUUCCUGGACUUUAAAAAAGAAGCCAUCAAGAAGCUGGGCAUGAGGGCCAACAUGUGUUCUUUUAACCCCGGAGUUAUUGUUGCCAACCUGACAGAGUGGAAGCAUCAGAACAUCACUAGCCAAUUGGAACACUGGAUGGAGCUCAAUGUACAGGAUGACAUCUACAGUAAGACCUUGGCAGAGGGGAUCACCACACCUCCCCUGCUCAUUGUCUUCUACAAACAACACUCCAGCAUUGACCCUUUGUGGCACAUCCGACACCUAGGGGUUUCUGGUGCUGGAAAUCGCUACUCUGCCCAGUUUGUGAAAGCUGCCAAACUCCUCCAUUGGAACGGUCAUUACAAACCAUGGUCCGGGACCUCUUCAUUCACUGAAGUCUGGGACAAGUGGUAUAUUCAGGACCCCAUGGGCAAAUUCCACCCAGUUCGGAGACAUUCAGGGGACAAGUAGACUAAAGCAGGGAAGCAACAUGACAAUGGCUAGUCCCUCCUCUCUCCAAGAGUGACUUCUCAGGAACCCUAACAUAAUGCAAGACCAUUCCAAACAGUUUUACUGUUAUAGUUUGUAGCUUCGUUGUAAAUCUCAGGCAGAUGGACAUCUUCCAUAAGUUACAGGACACUACAGAAAGAUACAUUAUACAUAGGAUAGAAGUGGCUUCUUUUAUAUUUUCACAUUAAUGCAGAUACACCAUGGUUUUGCUUGGUUUCAGAUCAUAACGCAAAACACAGUCACACCUGAUACUAUACCAUUGUUUUCAGAAAGUGUGACAAUUUGCCACAAUAACCAACCAUUCUAAUUCCAAAUGUUCUUUCCCUAACCAGAGAUAGGCAACUGGAGAGCUACAGAGUGUGUAAGAUUUGAGUAGAACAGACCUGGAAUACCAGGCGUGUAGAAUUAAUUCAUACAGUUUUAAGCAAUGACACUGUGGGUGUGAUCGAGGCCGUUUCAGGAACUUAACCCUGGGUUUGAGGAUGGACAUAAGAUUUGCCAAAGAAAUCGGAACAUGUCCAAGUUUAGACAUUUUACACUGCAUGCUCAACUUCAGAGCUUCCCACAAUAUGCUAGUAUAACAAGGAUCGGUUUGUUACUUCCAGCUGUCGCACUUUAACUCAUUUUGUAUAUCAGGAUAUUUACCAUACAACACUCCACUUUAGAAAAGCUUGUAGUCCACCAUUGUUUCUCAACUGCAUUUUGCUUUUGUCAUACCCUUAACAAGGGAUGGAUGUAAUGGUUCACACUAACUAGUUCAUACAUUUUAAUUUGUACAGAAUUAAAUAAUUAUAAAGUAUA